AUGCCCCUCCUUCGUGUCCCGUACACUGAUCCCUUACCUCUGCCGAAAAUAAUCCCGUCCUCUGCUUCCACAGCCUCAGGCGCGAUUGCGGCACUCGUCGAGUUUCUUUCGGCCCCAUCCCCGCCAUCUGCCGCGAAGGAUAAGACCGUUUUGCUUACUGGCGCAGGCAUCUCCGUGGCUUCUGGAUUGGCGGACUACCGCGGCACCAAUGGCACGUACACGCUGAAUCGCAACUACAGGCCGAUAUACUUCAAUGAGUUUUGCGAGAGUCACGAGGCGAGGAAGAGAUACUGGGCGAGGAGUUUUCUCGGAUGGACGAACCUGCACCGAGCGAAGCCGAACAGUGCGCAUGUCGCCGUGGGGAGGUUGGGGGAGCUAGGAGUCGUCAGAAAAUGCGUCACUCAGAACGUCGAUUCCUUCCACCCCAGCGCACACCCCUCCCUGCCGACAAUCGAGCUGCAUGGCUAUCUUCGCUCCCUCGUAUGUUUAACUUGUCGAAGUGAGUACUCUCGCGCUGCGUUCCAGAAACAGCUCGCGAUGCUUAAUCCUGCCUGGGCUGCCUUUCUCCAACAAAUCAUAGCAACCGGGGCGCUGGAUACCGAACAUCCCGAUGAGCGGCAAAAGAAGGGUCUGAAAACGAACCCAGACGGUGAUGUGGAUAUCCCAAAUGCGCCGUACACAACGUUCAGAUAUCCCGCAUGUCCAGUCUGCUUAGAGAAGCCUCCACAGCGGCCUGGUGGCGGUAUCGUAGAAGUUAGAGUUGACAAAGAUGGCGCAUGGGCUGAAGACUCGAAUGGCGGGAUCCUCAAACCUGCUGUAAUCAUGUUCGGUGAAUCAAUACCCGGGCCGACCAAGACUGCCGCAGAACAGGCAAUUGACGAGGCGAGUAGGGUUCUCGUCGUCGGCAGCAGUCUUGCAACCUAUUCUGCCUGGAGAUUGAUCAAAAGGGCAAAGGAGAACGGCAUGCCAAUCGGUAUCCUAAAUCUCGGGGGCGUCAGGGGCGAAGAGAGCUUCUUCGCAGACGUGUCGCCUGAGAAUACUGGAUGGAUGGCAGUGCGAUGUAGUGAGCCCGCCGAUAAAAUUCUCCCGCAGGUCGUUAAAGUGCUAGAAGAAGACAAAAUAUUAAGAUAG